AGCGGAUCGAAUUCGACCAAGAAGAAGAUAUAACAGAUUGGAGUUAGAUGGCGCUUAAUUUGGCUACGCAGGUGGGAACUCUGCGCGGGACACCGGUGGUGGCGGACACUGGAUCGGCGUCCAGGGCGGAUCAGCAAUUAGGGCCGGCGGCGGUGUGGAAUCCGCAGCCGGCGGCCGAGCAGAACCUGCGCUGUCGGGUCCAGAAGGGCAUGGGGCAGGGGGAGAUCGAGGUGACACCGCCGAUGAGCCCGCGUCGAUCGCCGUUAUUGAUGGCUGUUCAGCCAGAUCAGCCGGUGGCGUGCAAGGCCCUGGUGGCGGACAAGGAUGCCGCUACCGUGGAGGAGGAGGCGUUCGUGAUAGAGCACCUCGGAGGCGGAGGUGGUGCGGUGAAGGGGGUGCCGGUGUUCGUGAUGAUGCCGCUGGACACGGUGAAGCCGGGCGGAGGGUUGAACCGGAGGAAGGCGAUGAACGCGAGUCUGAUGGCGCUGAAGAACGCGGGGGUCGAGGGGGUGAUGGUGGACGUGUGGUGGGGGAUUGUGGAGAAGGAGCGACCGGGGGAGUACGAUUGGCGCGGCUACGACGAGUUCAUGGACAUGGCCCGACGCAUCGGCCUCAAGGUCCAGGCCGUCAUGUCCUUCCAUCAGUGCGGCGGCAAUGUCGGCGACUCCAUCACGAUCCCGCUGCCGGAGUGGGUUCUGGAAGAGAUGGACAAGGAUCCUGACCUGGCCUACACGGACCAAUCCGGCCGCCGUAACUACGAAUACGUCUCCCUCGGCUGCGACACGCUGCCGGUGCUCAAGGGCCGCACUCCGAUCCAGUGCUAUGCCGACUUCAUGCGCGCCUUCCGCGACCAUUUCGCCCCUCUUCUCGGCUCCACCAUUGUCGAGAUUCAAGUGGGAAUGGGUCCUGCCGGCGAGCUGAGGUACCCUUCCUACCCCGAAUUGAACGGCACCUGGAAGUUCCCUGGGAUCGGCGCAUUCCAGUGCUACGAUAAGUACAUGUUGAGUAGCCUGAAAGCAGCGGCAGAGAAGGCGGGGAAGAUGGAGUGGGCCAACGGUGGCCCCUCGGACGCAGGAGACUACAACAACUGGCCGGAGGACACGUCUUUCUUCCGCCACGACGGUGGGUGGAACAGCCCCUACGGGGAGUUCUUCCUUUCCUGGUACUCACAGAUGCUCCUCGAUCACGGCGAGCGAAUCGUCUCCUCGGCCACGUCCAUCUUCAGUUCCACCCAAGUAAAGAUCUCGGUCAAGGUCGCCGGCAUCCACUGGCACUAUGGCACCCGCUCCCACGCUCCUGAGCUCACCGCCGGCUACUACAACACCCGCUACCGCGACGGCUACCUGCCGAUCGCGCGCAUGCUGGGCCGGCACGGGGCCGUGUUCAACUUCACCUGCGUGGAGAUGCGCGACGGCGAACAGCCGGGCGAGGCGGCAUGCAAGCCGGAGGAACUGGUGAGGCAGGUGGCGGCGGCGGCGCGGGAAGCCGAGGUGGAGCUGGCUGGGGAGAACGCGCUGCCGAGGUACGACGAGACGGCGCACGAGCAGAUACUGAACGCAGCGGCGCGCGACGAGGAAGAGAAGAUGGCGGCCUUCACGUACCUGCGGAUGGGGCCGGAUCUGUUCCAGCCGGACAACUGGAGGAGGUUCGUGGCGUUCGUCAAGAACAUGGCGGAGGGAAAGGACGGCGCGGAGCGGUGCCGAGAGCUGGUGGAGAGGGAGGCGGAGCGCUCGGUGCACGCCACCGUUCCGCUGGUGCAGGAAGCUGCCGUUGCCCUCGUGAGCGGGUAAUAUAAAAUAAAAAU